AUGGUUUACAGCAUUGGUGAACUUGUCCCGCAGCUCGCCAACCUUACGGUUCGCGCCACAAUCACCGGGCCGAACAGCACACUGUCUCUCACAACGCCGUCGUACUUCCUGCCGCCUGUGACCUUGCCGGAACUCGAGUCUGCCCUCAUAGGCGACCAGAACUCCUUCCCAUGCGGCACAUCAUGGAGCGGCAAUCCAGAUACAGUGCCGGUAGUUCGGGUUCCAUAUCAUUGGUGUUUAUCUCAAUGUGCAGGAUGGGAGAUAAGCCACAUCAAUAUGCUUCAACAAUGGGUCGGGCCUUUGGUCCAGUUCAUCCUACCUAGCCUUGCAUUUUGCCUGAAUGUACCGAGGGCAAGCAAACUGGCGAUGCCAGAUGUGGCAUCCCGAGCGCGCCCACGGAGCUUGACCUGGUUUGCGGCGUAUUGUAUAAGGUUACUGUGGGCUUUGGUCCUCGCAACGGUCGACACCAUUGUUUGGCUGUCCAUCUGCUUCGCUUUUGCCGGGCCAAUGCUCCUAAGUGCGAUGUAUGAGUAUGUGUUGGACAGCAAAGUAUUGGAGUUCCUUGAGGCGUCCAAAGAAAGUGGGAGGUGUGAUAGCACAAACAUCUCCCCAAGAUUGAGGGCGCAGUUGCUGCUGGCAGUGGUAGUUGGGAACUUGCGAAUAUCCACGGGCCGAAGGAUCUCCAUGUUCUCUCAAUGGGAUGCGGAGACGAACCGGAGAAGGCUGUCUAUAGGUGAUAUCCUCAAAGAUAACACCUGGACAAGGAUAAUGACCAUGAUCGACGAGGAUGAGUCAGAUACUGCGUGGCAUGGUGGCAAGGUCCUGUUGUCAACGAAGCUAAAGGCCAUUCUCAACUCACAGGCAAGCUUUGGGACGACUAUUGGGGCACCGAUUCUUUUCUUCGUUGGUGGCUUUAUUUACACCAUACUGGGCAUUGAGAACGGGAGUCUCCAGGGCGAUGACACAGUCCACGCUCUGGCUUUCGGGAUGUUGUCUUGCGCCAUGCUCGCGUCCCCAAGCCUCAGUGUUUUACAAGGUAUUGUAUGGGAUGGUGGCGCGAUAGCAUCCCGGGAGAGAUCGGAAAGGGGCUCCUGGGACUUGGUGAAAACUAAAGUCGAAAGUUAUGCGGCAGGCAGGUGGAUUGCGAAAAAGACUAGCAGGUAUCAACUGCUCAACUCCAUGUACGACGGCCAGUUCAAGACCGUAACGCUCUGGAAUCGCGGCCCAAACAAGAAGCGAUGGGUGGACGAAGCCAUCAGAGACUACGCCGCCAACUUUGAGGAGCAUGGCGACCGACUAAGACCUCCGCAAGAGAUCCGUAAACGAUUGGACUUGGACCUCGGGGACCAGGCCAUGAUCAUGGUUGGAAGUGCCGUGCUGCUGAUGUUACCAUCUCUGCUUGCACUCCUGACAUCGUACAACAUGCCCCGGAAGGGCAUUUCAUGUCGAAGCGGUACAUACCUGAUAUAUGGUAUCACCCAGGUCAUUGAAUGCAUAUUUUGGGUGUGGGAAGGGCGACUCAAGCGCAUGUAUGGUGAGAGAUGGUCAGAAGCGCGGACCCGGGCAAAGACGAUCAAUUGGUGUGGCCAGACGUUUGUAGGAUUCUUCGCUAUCUUCACCACUGUCGUGAGCACCGUCAUGCAUUUACUUGGAGUAUACAGGACGUGCGCCUGCAAGGUAUUGUCAUUCUCCUUUGUGCGCCAGCGAACACUUCCAACAGGCUCUAAUGGCUGA